CUCCCUCACUGCCGCGGCCCCUGCUGCUCACACGCACAUGCCUCCCCUCCCCAGGCCGCAGCCCAGCUGACCCCGGGGCUCCCCUGGCAGCGGACAGGGAAGGGUUAAAGGCCCCGGGCUCCCUGCCCCCUGCCUUGGGGAACCCCUGGCCUGUGGGGACAUGAACUGUGUUUGCCACCUGGUCCUGGUGGUGCUGAGCCUCCGGUUAGAUAGAGCUGUUGCCCCUGGGCCACCUCCUGGUCCCCCUCGAGUUCCCCCAGACCCUCGGGCAGACCUGGACAGUGCGGUGCUCUUGACACGCUCCCUCCUGGCGGACACUCGGCAGCUGGCCGCACAGCUGAGAGACAAAUUCCCUGCAGAAGGAGACCACAACCUGGAGUCCCUGCCCACCUUGGCCAUGAGUGCAGGAGCACUGGGAGCGCUGCAGCUGCCAGGCGUGCUGACUAGGCUUCGAGCUGAUCUGCUCUCCUACCUGCGGCACGUGCAGUGGCUGCGCAGGGCUGGUGGCCCUUCCUUGAAGACCUUGGAACCCGAGCUGGGUGCUCUGCAGGCUCGGCUGGACCGGCUCCUGCGACGGCUGCAGCUCCUGAUGUCCCGCCUGGCCCUGCCCCAGUCAGCCCCAGACCCACCAGCGCCUCCCCUAGCCCCACCUGCCUCAGCCUGGGGAGGCGUCAGGGCGGCUCACGCCAUCCUAGGGGGGUUGCACCUGACCCUGGACUGGGCCGUUCGGGGGCUGCUGCUGCUGAAGACUCGGCUAUGACCUGGGACCUAAAGCCACCAUCGUCCUUAAAAGCCACAUCUUAUUUAUUUAUUUAUUUCAGUACUUCGGGUGUGAGGGCAGGGACGGCCCCUCUCAUUACCCACCAUAGUUAGACACAGUCCCUCCAGGAGACUUGGGUGGGGGGCAUGUGUGCCUUAUUUAUACUUAUUUAUUUAAGGAGUCGGGGGUGGGAGGCAGGUGGACUAAGGAGAAGGGAACCAGGAUCCUGGAUUCUUGGAUCUCUAAGAAAUCUUUCCACAGUGUCUUCCUGGCUUCUGCCCCUCGGGGGCCUGGGCAGGAGCGUAUAUUAUUUAUUAAACAAUUACUUUUUAUGUUAUGGUGGGGAGGGGGGAAGGAAGCCUGGGUUUUUAUACAAAAAUGUGAGAAACCUUUGUGAGACAAUGGGGAAUUAAACUUGUCAUACCUAUGCACUUAGAGGUGAAUUCUCUUGAGGGUUGGGGGCCUGGAUGCUAGGGUCCCUGGUGCAGGGGGAGGCGGAGGUCCUGAGUGGGCAGAGCAGGGGAGGGGAGACUGGUCAGCUACUCAGAGAACUCUAAGGAAACAUGGGUCUGGGCCUUGUCUGGUGCCCAGUACUUUAAGGUGUUCAAUAAAUAAUUCAUGGAAGGUUCCAGAAGGUUACCCUGUGACUGACAGGACCUGCAUGGGGCAGAGCUACGGGCUGGCGGCUGUUCGUUUUGGCAUUGCUUCCUAUGACAAGUUGGAAAUAAUUUAGAUGCCCAGCCGUGGGGAGAUGUUUAACUAGAGCACGGCACCCACAGCAUGGAGUGUCUCCUGGCCCCACAGGAGGCUUCGACAGGGCUGCUGAGACACCCAAAGAUGCCCUGUGGCCUGAAACAGCAGGAUGCAGAACCACUGAGGGAAACACACAGAAUGUUGACAGUGGCUGGCUAGGUGGAAGUGAGGGAUGGGAUGCGGGUGACUUUCAUUGUUUGCUCUUGUCUGUAUUUUCCAGAAUUUCUACCAUGACUGUAUUUUGCAUGACACAUUUUAAAAUAAUAAUAAACACUAUUUUUAGAAUGA